AUGACAAAGAGUCAUAAUCUAAUUCGUUUUUUUUUAAAUUUUCUAUCUAUGUAUUGCAGUCUGUUCACAUCUGUCUGCUUAUUGCUAUCACAGAGUCUUCAAAUCUCUCUCUCUCUCUCUCUCUCAAUAUCAGUUUAUGCCAACUUUGGCGACACAUCUAUCUAUCUAUCUAUCUAUCUAUCUAUCUAUCUAUCUAUCUAUGUGUUGCAGAAGACGCUGGCGUCGCCUCCAUUGGAGCGCUCGUCGUCUCUCUUCCUCGAAGUGCGUCAUUCCGGCGACGCCGAGAGACCGCCAGCCGAUCUGAUCCCUUGCGAAGUUCUCAAAUUGUGUUGGGUAAUUUUGAAUUUCAUUGUGUACUAUUUAUUUGACCCUACCCUCUAUCUAUCUCUUUUCCGUUUAAUCUCUCUCGCUUUUUCUUUCUUGUUUCUCUCUCUCUCUCUCUCUCUCUCUCUCGCUUUAGUCAUAGCAUUCUCUCUCAUUCAAUCGCUUUCUCUCUCGCUGCACCUCCUCCCACCACCCUACUUUUCAUCUAAUUGUUAUCGUUUUUUCUCUUUUGUUUUCUCUCGCUUACCUUCUUGGCCAGCUCUGUUGCAGACCAUGGUCUUUCGCCCAGCUUAA